AAAAACUCUACAGCCCCCUGACUAGUUACUGAGGAUACUUUUGUGUGAGCGUGCUUUGUCACGUGCUUUGAACGUCUCCGAAGCCCAGAUUCCGCACAAUCCGUACCGAAGAUUAACCGUUCCGGGCAGGCAUCAUUCAUGUUAUCAAUAUGAGUAUGUCAGAUUUCAACUUCAUCUCAACAACAACCACGUUGACGACAACACAAUGAUAAUCCGGCAAAGAUUCGCCUUUCUACUCUGCUUUGCAUUGCUUGAGUUCUUCAGCAUUGCAAAUGCGAGUACUGGUGAUCGAUUGCCUGAAUUUAGACAAUGUGUUGAGGUAUGAAUGAAAUCCCGAGAGCUUUCGUUUAGUUUGUUUACUUUAUACUAAUAAAUAUUUAGGUUUGUCAACGAGAGAAUUGUGACAAUGGAGCUGGAAGUGCUACGAAGAUUCGUAUGUCAAUCCCCUGCUCCUAUUCUUUUGCGCGAAAAUAAUAAUAAAAACAAUAUAGCACUCCUUCAUCGACUUCUCUUCUGGACUUGCCCCGCGGAAUGCGAUUAUACUUGCCAACAUAUAAUCACCAACCAACGUGUCGAAUCUGCCCAACCCAUCGUUCAAUUCCAUGGCAAAUGGCCCUUUUAUCGAUUCCUCGGCAUGCAAGAACCCUUCUCCGUCUUCUUUUCCCUUCUUAAUUUCCUCGCGCAUCAAAAUGGACUUGCGAAAAUCACUGCUCAAAUCCCUGAAAGUUACAGUAUGCGAAAAUACUAUGUUAUGCUAUCAUAUGCGGGAAUGAUGAGUUGGGUCGCCAGUAUGAUAUUUCAUACGAGGGACUUUGCUUUUACGGAACAAUUGGAUUAUUUUGCCGCUGGAGGAAGUGUUUUGUAUGGCAUGUAUUAUACGCCAAUUCGAGUCUUUCGUAUGGAUCGUGGUGGGAAACGUACUUCCUCUGUGUUACGCGCCUGGACUCUUCUUUGCAUACUUCUCUAUAUCGCACAUGUGGUAUAUCUGAAGUGGUGGGACUGGGAUUAUACAUAUAACAUGGCCGCGAACGUUGUUGUUGGAGUAUUACAAAAUUCACUGUGGAGUUGGUUCUCGUUCGAAAAGUAUAGGAAGAGUAAAAGGGCGUGGACAGCAUUGCCAGGAUUGGUAGUUGCAUGGAUUUUCUUGGCGAUGAGUUUGGAAUUGGUGGAUUUUCCACCUUGGUGGGGAUGUUUGGAUGCGCAUAGUUUAUGGCAUUUGGGGACGGUGGCUCCAACUAUGAUCUUCUAUAGGUAUGCUCCCGGAAUAUUUGGGUGGUGGCGACGCUGUGUGAUAGGCGUUAAGGUACUAACUUUGGUAUAGUUUCUUGAUCAAGGAUGCGCAAGAUGAUAUUGCUGGACAGAGAUUAAAGGCUUAGAUUCUACAAGGAGUGAAGAGAGCCUAGAAGGACGAGGAGGGUUGAGAAUUUUGAGGAGGAGCUAAUGUCAAAUGAUAAUACUGAAAUGAUUGAUCGUUGUCUCGUACAUCUACUGCUCAACUUCGAGACAUCACGCAUCCUUACAUCUUCCCUCGAGUUCAUACCUUACUGUCUUGACAUACAAUGAAGUACAUAUCAUAACGGCAAGGAAAGGCAUAUUUAUCAAUGAAAUAUACAUGA